AUGAUUAGAACCGCUUUGUUCAAGAGAUCUAUCGCUACCCAAGCUUCCCCAAAACCAGUCAUUACCAAAUUAUCUAAUGGUAUCAUUGUUGCUACCAAGCCAAACACCUCUUCAUCAACUUCUUCUGUUGGUUUAGUUUUUGGUUCUGGUGCUUCUUCCGAAAACCCAUACAAUAACGGUGUUUCUAAAUUAUUAUCCAAUAUUUUCAUUAAAGAUGAUUUGAAAGCUACCCAAGCAGGCUUCGUUUUAAAUUCUACUGUUGGUAAAGAAUUUCAAUCUUUCAUUGUUUCUUCUUCUUCUUCCAACGUUUCUAAAUCUCUAGAAUACUUACAAAGUAAAUUGGCCAAUCCAGUUGGUUCUGAGUCAAAGUUUAGUGAAACUUUGGCUUUUACAUUGCAGGAAACCAAGGCUUUCGAAGAGACCAAACAUGCUGAACGUGUUAUUGAACAUUUGCACUCCACUGCUUUCCAAAACACCCCAUUAUCUUUGCCAACUGUUGGUACCGUUGAGUCUUUGGAGGGCUUAGCUGCCUCUGAUGUUACCUCUUUCUCUGAGUCUCAAUUUGUUGCUUCCAAUGCUGUUAUUGUUGGUUCUGGUAAUGUUAACCAUGAUGAAUUGGUCAAGGCCACUGAAUCUGUUUUGAGUUUGUCAUCUAAAGCUAAAGUUUCUCCAACUAAGAAAUCCACCUUUUUGGGUAGUGAAAUUAGAUUAAGAGACGAUACUUUACCAAAAGCUUACAUUUCUAUUGCUGCAGAGGGUGAGCCAGUUUCCUCUCCAAACUAUUAUGUUGCGCAAGUUGCUGCAAAGGUUUUUGGUUCCUUCAUUUCUUCUGAACCAGCUUCCAGAUUACAAGGUAUCAAAUUAUUAGAUGAUAUCCAAGAAUAUCACUUGGCUGAUACUUUUAAUCAUUUUUCUUACUCUUAUAAGGAAGCUGGUUUAUGGGGGUUUGAAACCACCACCUCUAAUGUUGGUCAAAUUGAUGAUUUAGUUCAUUUUACUUUGAAGCAAUGGAAUAGAUUGUCUAUUUCUAUUACUGAUACCGAAGUUGCUCGUGGUAAGAGUUUGUUGAAAUUAGCUUUAGCCUCUGCUUCGACUUCAGACGCUGUUAUCGCCACCACUUUAGGUUCUAAACUUUUAGCCGGUGCCAAAACUGACUUGGCUGAAGAAUUUGCUAAGAUUGAUGCCGUUACUGCCAAGGACAUUAAGGCUUGGGCUUCCGAAAGAUUGUGGGAUCAAGAUAUUGCUAUUGCUGGUACUGGUCAAAUUGAAGAUUUAUUUGAUUACAACAGAAUUAGAAACGAUAUGAGUAUGAUGAGAUGGUAG